AUGAAGGUUAAGAUAUGCAAUGGGAAGGUUAUAGAAGUGGUUGGUUCAGAGAAAGGGUUUUACACUGUGGGGAGGCAAUCUCUGCACAGCCACACCUUGGUUGAUCUUCUCCAACAGCUCAGCCGAGCCUUUGCUAAUGCAUAUGAAUCGUUGAUGAAAGCCUUUUUGGAACGUAAUAAGUUUGGAAAUCUUCCAUAUGGAUUCCGAGCAAAUACAUGGCUUGUCCCUCCCUCUGUAGCUGAGUCUCCUUCAAGCUUUCCUGCAUUGCCCACAGAGGAUGAAAACUGGGGUGGUAAUGGUGGUGGCCAAGGAAAAAAUGGCGAAUUUGAUCUUAGACCAUGGGCAACGGAUUUUGCGAUACUGGCCUCCCUUCCUUGCAAAACUGAGGAGGAGAGAGUGGUCAGGGAUAGAAAAGCAUUUCUGCUUCACAAUCUAUUUGUUGAUACCUCAAUAUUUAAGGCUGUUGCGGCUAUACAGCAUGUCAUGGAAUCCAACUCAGACAUGAAGAGUGAAUUGAAUUCUUCUCCGGGUUCUAUUCUGCAUGAAGAUCACGUGGGAGACUUAUCCAUUACAGUCAAACGUGACAUACAGGAUGGAAAUAAAAAGCACAAUUCUACACCAGAUGAAUCCAUCGUGCAUAAGGAGGAUGGACAGAAGAAUUUAAUCAAAGGAUUGACAGCAGAUGAAAGUGUAAUUGUUCAUGAUACUUCUUCCUUGACUGUCGUUGUUGUAAACCACUGUGGAUAUACUGCAACAGUAAAGGUUGUGGGUAAUGUGAACAUGAGGAAGCCUAAAGUUCGAGACAUUGAGAUAGAUGAUCAGCCAGAUGGUGGGGCAAAUGCUCUCAACAUUAACAGUUUGAGGCUACUGCUUCACAAGUCUAGAUCUGAUUCAUUAGAAGGGAAUUUAUCAUCCCUAUCAAAUUCGGAUGACUUAGAUGCUUCUAAAAGCCUUGUUCGGAAUGUCGUUCAAGAAUGCGUAGAAAAGAUAAAGGAGGAGCCUAGUGAUUCAAAAAAGUCUAUUCGAUGGGAACUUGGUUCCUGUUGGAUGCAGCAUUUGCAAAAACAGGAAACAUCAUCUGAUAAGAGUUCCAAAAACAAAGAAGAUGGCAAUGAUAUUGAGCAAUCUGUUAAAGGUCUUGGAAAGCAAUUUAAAUUUUUGAAGAAGAGAGAGAGGAAAUCAAAUAAUGUAGCUGGUGCAGAUUCUGGAGAGCAAAAUGACUCUAGACCUGGAAAUGUGAAUGAUGAUGCUGAUAAAAUUGAGCUGAACAGUGGUGACUCAAGUAACUCUAGUGAUUUGGAGAAACUACUUUCUAAAGAAGCAUUUUUGCGUCUAAAGGAAUCUGAAACUGGUCUUCACAUGAAGUCAGUGGAUGAGCUUGUCAGCAUGGCACACAAGUUUUAUGAUGAAGUUGCCUUGCCAAAGCUGGCUAUGGACUUUGCAUCACUUGAACUUUCUCCAGUGGAUGGGCGUACAUUGACUGACUUUAUGCAUUUAAGAGGAUUAAAGAUGCGAUCUUUGGGUCAAGUGGUUAAACUUGCAGAAAAUCUUCCUCACAUACAAUCCCUUUGUAUUCAUGAGAUGAUUACUCGAGCUUUCAAGCAUCAACUUAAAGCAGUUAUUGCGUCUGUCGACAAUGUGGCUGAUCUAUCUGCAGCCAUUGCAUCAACUCUAAAUUUCUUACUUGGUGGGUGUCGAACAGAAGAUACUGACCAAAGUUUGAGUGAUGACCAUAAUCUCAGAAUUCAAUGGCUACGAAUGUUUUUGUCCAAAAGAUUUGGGUGGACAUUAAAUGAUGAAUUUCAACAUUUGAGGAAGUUGUCGAUUCUCAGAGGGCUAUGUCACAAGGUUGGAUUGGAAUUGUUCCCUAGAGAUUAUGACAUGGAUUCCAGUAAGCCCUUUGGGAAAAAUGAUAUUAUCAGCCUGGUUCCUGUUUGCAAGCAUGCAGGGUGCUCCUCAAUAGAUGGACGUAAUUUAUUGGAGUCUUCAAAAAUUGCUCUUGAUAAAGGAAAGCUUGAGGAUGCUGUAAACUAUGGAACGAAGGCAUUAGCUAAAAUGAUGGUUGUUUGUGGACCCUAUCAUCGAAAUACUGCAAGUGCAUAUAGUCUUCUAGCUGUGGUUCUCUACCACACUGGAGAUUUUAACCAGGCCACCAUUUAUCAGCAAAAGGCCUUGGAUAUAAAUGAGAGGGAGCUUGGUCUUGAUCACCCUGACACUAUGAAAAGCUACGGGGAUCUUUCUGUUUUUUAUUAUCGUUUGCAACACAUUGAGCUGGCUCUGAAGUAUGUUAAUCGUGCUCUAUUCCUUCUUCACUUUACAUGUGGGCUGUCUCAUCCAAAUACAGCUGCAACAUAUAUAAAUGUGGCUAUGAUGGAAGAGGGUAUGGGAAAUGUUCAUGUGGCUCUCAGAUACUUGCAUGAAGCUCUUAAAUGCAACAAAAGAUUGUUAGGAGCAGAUCAUAUACAGACUGCCGCAAGCUAUCACGCCAUAGCUAUAGCUCUUUCAUUGAUGGAUGCAUUUUCUCUGAGUGUGCAACAUGAGCAAACUACACUAAAGAUACUCCAAGCAAAGCUUGGAUUAGAAGACCUUCGUACACAGGAUGCUGCGGCAUGGCUUGAAUAUUUUGAAUCAAAAGCCAUAGAGCAGCAAGAAGCAGCUAAAAAUGGAACUCCAAAGCCUGAUGCAUCCAUUGCAAGUAAAGGCCACCUUAGUGUGUCGGAUCUCCUGGAUUUUAUCAGUCCUGACCCAAAGAGAAGUGAUGCUCAGAGGAAACAGAGGCGUGCAAAGAUGCUCCCAACAAGUGAUAACAACAGUCAAGAACAUGAAGAUGCAGUAGCUGAGCAGAACAUUGUUUUUUAUGACUCAAAAGAUGCUCCAAGCAUGGUAGAAGGGAAUAUAAAAGAAAACAAUGACACACUUGACUCUCGAAUACCAAAAGAAAAUGGUGAUUUCACUAGGUACAGGCCAGAGACAAGUGAAGUUGUUUAUGAGGCAUCAUCGGAUGAGGGUUGGCAAGAAGCUAAUUCAAAAGGGCGAUCAGGAAAUGCUGCUAACCGCAAGUUUGGACACAAAAAGCGACCACUUCUAUCAAAGCUCAGCAUAAAUGGUUCUAAUAAUUACAUUUACAGGGAAAGCAAUUCUAGGAAUGAGAUUAAUUCACCACAACAAAGAGGAGUUCCUAGAGUAAUUUCAGACAUGUCAUCUCCAUCUAGACAACCAAAAGCUCGAACCAUAGCUUUGACCGAAGAUUCUGUUAAUUAUCCAACAAAAACUUCUGUGUCUAAAAGUCCAUCUCCAGCAUCUCUAAGUUCCUUGGCUUCAAAGUGUAUAUCUUACAAAGAAGUGGCUCUAGCACCACCAGGUACAGUUUUAAAGCCACUGUCGGAAAAGGCUGAGAUAGACAAGGUUAAUGCUGAAGAUGACAUAUGCAGCAGUCUAGCUGUGACAUCGAUCAACGAAGGUACGUGCCAAAGUUCUAUAGUUAAUACAGUUUCUCAGCAUGAUGAAACAGAAGAAACUCAUGAAAUUGAACCUCAACAAGAAAAUUCUACAUUGGAAGUUGAGAAGGUUUCCCUUGCUUCUGAUCAGGCAAAACCUACAGAAACCAAUGGAAGUAAGCUUUCAGCUGCGGCUAAACCUUUCAAUCCAGGAAUGUUGUCCAUGUCUCACCAUUUAAAUUCAGUUUCCUUCACUAGCAUGUAUGAUACAGAUGUUAGUCAAGGCAUGCACGUGGAGCCUGUGCUUCCCCCUGCAGUUGCUAGGGUCCCUUGUGGACCUAGAUCGCCUCUAUAUUAUCGAACCAACUAUACUUUCCGCAUGAAACACGGUUUAACUAAAAGCCAAACCCCUAUCAGAGAAAAAAGUGGAUUUGUAUCUCCAAGAAUAAUGAAUCCACAUGCGCCUGAGUUUGUUCCCAGAAGUGCUUCUCAAACAGAAGCCAAUGAUACCAAUUCAAAUGUUUCCAAUGAGCAUAACUCUAUAUCUGAGAUAGGCAUGGCAGAAAAAAAUAAGCUGGAUGAAAAUUGUGUUGAAAUCAAGGCAAGUUCCACCAAAAACAGUAUGUCUGAAUCUGAGAAGUCUGAGAUAGCAAGGCAGAUUUUGCUCAGUUUUCUAGUGAAAUCUGUCAAGGAAAAUAUUGAUUCUGUUGAUGAAUCUAACGAUAGUGAAGGAAAAUCUGGGAAGUUGGAAAAUUGUGAUGAUGAAAUAGCUAAAGACAGUGCUGUCAUAAACAUUAUGUAUGGGAAUGAAGAAAAAAAUAAGACAGUGCCUCAUUCCAGUGAUAGUGAUGAGCAAGAGACAUUAGGUGUUAGUGAAAAAAAGAAUGGUGAUGAAGGGUUUAUAGUUGUCUCAAAGAGGAGGAAAAACAGGCAGAAAAUGACAAAUGGAGUCACAGAAUUGUACAACCAACAGUCCAUUUGUGCUUCAGUUCGUUGA